AUGAUAAAGGAGUUGGAGUUGAUUGAGAAACUCCGAGACAUGAAUCUGGGAAUGCAGUUUGGGUCAGGCUCGAUACAGUGUACCUUGCUAAGAGUUACCAAUGAAUUUUCGAAUGAAAUUCGUGUGGCUCAGGGACAUGACUUGGAAUUGCAACAGUUUGUGGGGUGGUUAGGUACUGAAAAAGGGAAGGACUACCAGAUGGGAGAGGACGACAUUCUACGGUUUAAAGGUAAAGUGUGUGUACCAGGAGGGCCUCAUUUCAGGAGGCAGAUACUGAAGGAGGGUCACCAAAGCCGUCUUAGCAUACAUCCCAGUAUGACUAAGAUGUAUAAGUAUUUGAAGGAAUUCUUUUGGUGGAAUGGUAUGAAGGCAGACGUAGCAGACUUUGUUGCUCAGUGUUUGAAGUGGUCGAUGGACAAGUUAGCAAAGUUAUAUGUGCGAGAGGUAGUGAGAUUGCAUGGGGUACCCGAAAGUAUAGUGUCAGAUCGGGAUCCUAGAUUCACAUCACGGUUUUGGCAAUCAUUGCAAGCGGCCUUGGGUACACAACUGAGGAUGAGUUCAGCGUAUCAUCCUUAG